CUGGACGGAAAACGGAGAGUUAAACGGAGCACAACCGAGGCUAGCCUCUAUUUAGGUAGGCGGUAUGGUACAAGUACGGCAGUACCGUACUUUUCGCCCCCACUGGCUGCUAAAAAAAUCCCAGUCCGUUUUUCCCUUUUUCCUUUGAGCCGCAGCAUUUGCAUUUCCCCCCCUUUUCAGUAGCUGAUCGUGUGUCCAAUUGGGGGCGCUCCGUAUCGUUGUCCACAUCUUUGAGCAUAACCGUGAGCUAUCGAUAGUGCAACCGGCCAUCCCCUACUAUGGGACAUUCAUCCACUUCAUUAAAUCCACCUUCCCGGCCUGGAAACGUUCUGAUUCAGCUAGUGAAAUCGAAUCGAAAAUAGCGGAAGGACGGAUCUUCGAGCGGGUUGGGGAGAGGGGCCCUUAUGGGGUAUGCGGUCAUAUAAUGUCACUCUGUACUCCGUACAGUUGGUGACCACGCUGUCACUCGAGGGCCAAAUAGACUCACGUCAGACCAAGGACCCUUUUUUGGACCCUGCAUUAUGAUUCUCCCCGAUCGCGAGGGAAACGUCUGAAUACGACGCGAGUUUGGACCUGUAGGAUGGAGGGGGGGGAGGGGGGUAAGACGGUCUAACCGUCGGGUUUGUCCAACCGUGUCAACCGUUCUACCUUCAUCGCCACGUUGGAGGAGCAAGAAAAACAGGCGAGACUCGCUGUGACUCGCGGUGACUCGCUGUGGGGAAAGCCCAUAACCUCGCACGGAGUCUUCGGGCCACUGACAGUAUCCGAAAGGUCUCACACGAAGAGUUGCCUAUUCCGCGCCAACCAAUGAGCCCGUCAGGCACACCCGCUGAGCCAAUGAAAGGGCCAAUCGCCCGUGACGGAACGCGGUUAGGUAAGAGGAACAAGGCUUUUUGGGGGCUCCAGUCUGGUCCCCACAGCCUCGUUUGGGCAAAAGACCGCAUGACCCUGAACCUUUUCAAUGGGCUCAGAUGCGCUGGAUGAAACCCUGGACCGGGACUUGCUGCUCCACAAGCAAUUCCCAAGCCCGCUCGGCCCAAUUGUAGCAAAUUGGAGCUUGUGCUGUGGGAGAAGAGCAGAGAAAAAGAGGACUCUGGUGGAUGGAGGCGACUGGUCUUGCGCCCAUUUUUGUUCCCCAUAUUCUAAUUAGUUCUAUUUCUAUUUAUUGUUCACUCGGCCGCUCGCUGCAGCCGGACUCUCCGAGGAAGAUUUUCGAUUUUUCUGCUUUCUUGUUUCUUUCUUUCCCUUUGGAUGAUCUUCGUUCGUUGAGCAGCUGAAGCUGUAUAUCACCUACUUCACACACAUCACGCGCAGCACGGCCAAGUUUUGUAUGGCGUCUCCUAUGUCCGCCUGAUCAUACAUACUCGCCCAAUAUGUUGCGUCAAUCCAAUUCGCCGUGGGGGGAGGCCGGCGAUUCCGCCAUUAUGCUGGGGGAUUCUGCAAGUCGACCAAAGGCCUAUCUGCAUUACUUUUGCUGUGCUUUGCCAGCGCGGGCCUGCUCGGCGGCGUUCACCUGGGAAUCUUCGAAGAAAUUCUGGUUCAGCUUCCUGACCGUCUCGACCUUAUGCGCCAAAGUUCUUCAUAUUUACGCUCAUAUCGACUCCGUUAAGCCCAAAAACUUGUUCCUCUGGGGGCCUACAUUCUUUGUUCAAGAUGCAAUUUUCCUCUUGAUAGCAUUUGCGCUCACUCGCAACUUCCACCGAACGUGGCUGCGCUAUACGGCUUCGACGGCGAUCAUUAUGGGGACAUUGAUCCUCUCCACGAUGGCCGCCGCCAAUACCUCCUUCUACUUUACCACCGGUGCCGAAAUUCACUGGCGUCAAGCAGGCGGCUUUAACCGCGACCCGGCCUCGAUUAAUACCCUGCUCACCGGAUUGACUGGCCUCGUCAUUGUCGAAGUUCUAUACAUUGUCGCGGCUGGUUUGACAACACCUUGGAUUUACAAUGGUGUGGAAUCAAUGAUCUCCAUCUGGGGCUCGAUGAUCAAGGCCAUCUUAAAGCCAGUCGCACCGUACGCCAAAGCAGGUGCCAACAAGGCUCUGAGCCGCUGGAGCAAGGGACGGGAGGUCUUUGAGAGAAUGAAGCUCUACGAGUCAGUGCCGUUGAGCGACUACGACGAAGAGGAAGACAAGGCCACUCCCAGCGGGGCCCCAUUGCUCGACCAUCCACCGCGGCCCUUCGAGAACGGACGCUGGAAAUCCCUUCAUUGGGCCAAGAGCAUGGAUUGGAAACGCGACGUGGAUUGGAAGCUCUGGCUCAAGCGCGCACUGGUGGUUUUCCCCACCGCAUACAUUUUCUUCGUGCGCCUACUUCGUCCCCCGAAUUCCUCUUACGGGUUCCUGUCCCAGACGGUCAUCAUCACUCCUUUCGCGGGUGUCGAUUCCGAAAGCAAGCUCGCCCAUAUGUUCAAGGAUCGCACUUUGGAUGGUAAGACGACCGCUCUCACUGCGGUGCCGGAGUUCGACUGGCUGCCGAAGGGCAAAUUCCCCGGUUUCCGCGAUUGGGAGGAUCGAUCCCGGUUCUCGCACUAUAAUUCGACCGAAGAUCCCCUGCAUAUCUCCAACCUGGGCAAGGACAUUCUGAAGCCUAUUAAGGCUGCACUGGACAGUGGCGAUGUCAAGAUCAAGCAUAUUUUCCUCUUCAAGAUGGAGAGUACUCGCUAUGAUGUCUUCCCCCUCCGAAACAACACUUACCUGUGGGAUCGGAUCCAGAAGUCCUACAAGGAUAAGGAGGUUCCUCAGGACGUACAGGAUCGCCUGGUUAACCUCACGCGCACCGCUGAACGUAUUACCGGCUCUCACUCCGGAUUCCACCGCAACGAGACGAUUAAGCCGUACGGCGGUAUCAAUAUGCAUAAUUCCUACACCGGAGGAACGUUCACCUUGAAGAGUAUCGAGGCAACCACCUGUGGUGUCGAGCCCCUAGUCGUUGAUUUCAACCACGAGUACGAGCACCACAUCUACCAACCUUGCAUGCCUCACAUUCUCGAUAUGUUGAGUGCGACAACGAAUGACAGUAAGAGCGAUGACUUCACCGACUGGCCCUGGCGCCCUGCAUUCAUGCAGUCUAUCACCGAUAGCUACGAUCACCAGGACCGCCUCACUCCCGCCAUGGGCUUUAAGCCUGAGAACACCGUGACUGUUGAGUCUAUUGACGAGCAGCACGCGAAUGACACUUCUUGGACCGCGGAGAAGUUUAACUUUUGGGGAUACCCCGAUUCUUCACUUGCUGUGUACUUCCGCGAGGCUAUUGAAAAGGCAGAGCGUGAUCAUGAGCGUCUGUUCCUGACUCACCUUACCGGCAUUACGCACCACCCCUGGGACACGCCGAAUGGAACAUACGAGGAGCUUAUUGGGUCUCAGACGAAUGCUUUUGGUGGCAAGAAUGAUGGUCUGAACCGUUAUCUCAAUACGAUCGGUGUGAAUGAUCGCUGGUAUGAGGAAUUUUUGAAUAUUCUGGAGGAGACUGGCGUGGCCAACGAGACCCUCAUCGUUAUGACUGGUGACCACGGCCUGUCACUUCCUGAAGAUGGGAACGUCACUCCCUACGACAAUCCUCUGGAGACCAACUUCCAUGUCCCUCUAGUCUUUGCUAACCCCCGUCUUCCCACCCUUCAACUCAACGCUUCAGUCUCUUCCGUUCAAAUCCUACCCACCAUCCUCGAUCUCCUUAAAAACUCGGGCUCCCUCGACGACUACAGCACACGCGCCGUUAGCGAUCUCCUCCCCAUGUACGAGGGCCAGUCCAUCAUUCGCCCAAUCAUCACCCACAACAAGAAGACAUCCUACUACCAAUUUACCGUCAUGAACACCGGUGGUUCUAUGGUCGCCAUGCGCUCUGCCGACGCUCCCUACCGCUUGAUCGUCCCUCUGGUCCCUGAGGUGGAAUUCCGCUUCACGGACGUCAGCAAGGACCCCCAAGAAGAAAAAGCCAUCAAGGCAUUCGACUUUAAGCCCCUCAUGAAGGCUGUCCAAGAGGACCACGGCGAAGACGCUGCUAAGUGGGUAAAUGAUGCCGCCCGCGCUGCUCAGUGGUGGGUUACCGAUAACUGGAACCGCUACGAGUAUAACCCGCGGAUUCCGAAGAAGCCUCAUCAGUCCUGGCCCAGCACUCACAAGGAGGGUUGAUCGUAUCGAUCUCUCUCUCCGACAUCCCGACGAUACAAAACGCCAACACGCCGAUUCGACGGCAUAUUCUUUUCUCUUCACUCUAUAUACCAUUCUUUUUUUUUUCCUCUCUCUGUAUGAUUAUGGAUACUCGGGAGGUUUUCCGAGGAGUCUGACAAGCAUGGCGCACGGCACAUAUUCGGCUUUUCUUUUUCUGUAUAUACUUACAUCUACUCUUUUGGGAUUUGCAUAUUUGGGAGGAACUCGAAUAGUUAUUAAUGAUCAUAUUCCAAAAAUCAUGCACAGCUAUUUUUCUACAAUUUUCCUCUUGUUAUGGAUGAUGAGUGGGUGACCGCUCCUUGCCUGUAGAUUCCCAGAUCC